GCCAAGCGCUGGUAAUGUUUUUAUGUUGUAAGCUUCCAUGCAAUUCAAAUUUUGAAUGGUUUUUGGUUUAUAAACUACGUGAGACAUAUGAUGUGGCUGGAACAUAUGGAGCUUUGAUUUUAUGUCUCUGAAAGGAGUAUAUCUUGUGCCUGCCAGACCUGCAGAGAACACCCCACUGCAAAGAUGAAAGUGAAAUGGACAAAGUUAGGAAUGGUCUUCUUUCUGCUUCUCUCCCUUGUUAUGACGGGCUGUUUUAUUUGGCAGUACAGGCUUCCCAAAGUGAAAUCAGUGGAUGAAACAGCAGCAGGAAAAACGAAAGAAGAGGAGAUGUGCCCAAGGUUUCCUGAGCCUGUGCCAUUGAAACACCCAAUACCUGUCCUCAUGGAGGCUUUGGAAAAGGUGGAUGUGCUUUUGAGGACAAGCAUUGACGCCACACGACUGCCAGCCAUGUCUGCUAUUGUUAUAUUUAAUGACUCAGUAUUGUGGAAUGGUAACUUUGGCAGAAGGAAUGGAAGUGACCCCACAUCUCCACCACCAAACGAAUACACAGUUUACAGAAUUGCAAGCCUAUCCAAAAUCUUCCCCUCCCUGAUGCUGUAUAAACUUUGGGAGGAUGGAAAAGUGGAUUCCCUGGAUGACCCUUUGGGAAAGUAUGAGAAGAAUUUCACCAUAAGGAACCCGUUUAGGAAAAGAAGGGAUAAUGACCACAAGUCGAUCUAUAAUGGCAUGCUCAACGGUAGAGAGGCUCAAGUCCAAACCUCAUCCGUCACCCUGAGAAGGAUGGCAAGUCAGCUGUCAGGUUUACCAAGGCGACUCAGGGCGACUACAUUACUCUGGAAAGGGAGCACUAAGGCUGCUGUUGAUUUAUUACAAGAUGAUGUUCUUGUGGCUGACCCUGGAACCAAAUGCCACUACAGCAACUUGGCCUUCUCCCUGUUGGCCCACGUGAUGGCAGAGAAGGUAGCAGGGAAGGAUUAUCAGAGCUGGGUGUUUGAAAAUAUCCUGCAACCACUGGGAAUGGAAGACACCGGCUUCGAAAUCACCCCAGAGAUUGAGAGCCAGAUGGCAAUAGGUGUUUACACAAGUGGGCUGCCUGCACCCUUAUUUGACCUUGGCUGGUACAGACCAUCAGGGCAAAUGUACUCCACACUUGCCGACAUGGCCAAACUGGUGAUGUUGCUGCUUGGCACUUACUAUCGACAGGUUCUACAGCCUGAUACCCUCAAAACCAUGCUGACUCCUCAAUUUCGCUGUGAAAGCAGUUACUUUGCAAAUCAAACCGGCACACCUUGGGAGGUAAAUGAACAGUACGGCUACGACAUCAUCCGCAAAGAUGGAGAUCUAGAUGGUUAUUCGGCCACUAUCUCCCUUGUUCCACGCCUGAAGCUGGGGUUGGUCAUCCUUAUGGCUGGUACCAAACCUGAGGAUGAGGACCUUGUGGCCAAGGCCUACAGUUAUCUAAUCCCUGCCAUGGAAAGUGCCUUCAGAGAUGCGACUCGUAUUCUCAUCCCUCCUCCGGAGACCGUUCCCUAUGUAGGGUACUUUACCUAUAGCAACAUAACGUUCUAUGAGAUCAAAGCUGGCACAAAUGGAGUGCUGUCUAUGGAGCAGUUUGGCCCACAAGUGGACACCAUGGUUCCCAUGAAGUACAGAAUUUUGAAGCUCAGUUAUUUGGAGGAUAGGGUGUUCAGGGUGAUGUUUGAAAAGGUGUACCCCUGUCAACUGAAGCUUAACGCUACAUCUGUGUCUCUUGAGUCCCAGGACAGGCAGCUCUUUAACUUUUACACCUUUAACAAGAAAGGUCUCUCGCCAGGUUUUGAUGUCCCAGGGUUAAACACUUAUAAAGUUGUACGGAUACCUCGCAAACCUAUUUUCACUGGUUGAAGUUGGUUGGCUCACUCUUGGAUUGGAUUUUGUAAGAAUAAAAGGUGAUCCAUUUAAUGAAAGUGUCAAAAUCAG